UUUUCCGCUGCACGCCAACUGUUCGAUAAAUUGUCUCUUAAAAAAUUUGAAGCAUAUAUGUGUGUGUGGGUGAAUUGCGUAGCUGUUUUACAAUCUUAACUAUCUAUGGAAGUAUGGAUACUGGAAACAACUUUCGUAUUUGCUCUGUUUGAUAAAAUUGAAACUUGGAAACUGGAGCCUGAACACCGUGCAUUGAAUUUGUUUUGCCCUUUUUUACUGACUAUGGAAGGGGAUUUAAUUUGUUUUAGUUUUCAGGGUGUUGAGUUAAUGCUGCAAGUUACAUUCUUUUUUACUUUUUAUUUUUUUAAGGAAGAGCAGAUAUAUCAACAAUAUUAUGGCUGCAAACAGGCCUCGGACUAGCAGUUUCUCUCGUAACAUUGCUGCUGCUCCCGUGUCCCAGAUUCCUGGACUUAAGCAUGGCCCAAAUGGCACAAUGUUUCUUUCAUCUGGCAUAUCUGAUCUUGACAAGAUUUUGGGUGGCGGAUUCUCUUUGGGGAGUCUAGUCUUGGUGAUGGAAGACCCUGAGGCACCUCAUCAUAUGCUUUUGUUGAGAAAUUUUAUGUCUCAGGGGAUUGUUCACAAACAGCCGCUGCUUUAUGCCAGUCCUGAAAGGGAUCACCGUAGUUUUCUUGGUAUUUUGCCAAGUCUAAUGUCUUCCAAGGAUGACAAGUCUCGUGAGAGGGACACAGAACAGGACAAGGGUUUAAGAAUUGCUUGGCAAUAUAAGAAGUAUUUCGGGGAACAAAAUUCAGAGGUUCAACGAGGUGGAAAAGCUGAAUAUUGCAAUGACUUUGACUUGCGGAAGCCAUUAGAGCGGCAUUUCCUUAGUGGACAACGCAUUGAUUGCAUUAGUCUUCAGGAUUUUCCCAAUCUAGACCCUCUACGUCGGUGUUGCUCAACUUUCUUAGCCCAAAUCCCAAGAUGUGAUGGUAACAUGACUUGCACAGGCAGGAUUGCCAUUGAGUCACUAUGUGCUCCUCAGUGCGACUUUUCCAACAACGAGUGGGACAUCCUUUCUUUCAUCAGAUCUUUGAAAUGCAUGAUACGGUCCUCAAAUGCAGUAGCAGUCAUAUCUUUUCCUUCAUCUCUUAUUUCCCCAUCCUCCUUGAAGAGAUGGCAGCAUCUAGCAGACACAUUAAUCUCUGUUCAACCAAUUCCAGAUGAGGACAAGGACUUGGCAAAGCUUCUCACAGGUUACCAGGACAUGGUUGGUCUUCUCAAUGUGCACAAAGUGGCACGUAUUAAUACACAGGUUCCUGUAAUUCUUGAAGCGACCACGUUUUCAAUUAAACUCCACAAGCGACGAUCAUUAGUUCUAGAGUGUCUAAAUCAAGCCCCUGUUGAUGGUUCAAGUGGGGCUUCAUAUGGUUCCUCUGGUAAUUGCUCCGGGAGUUCCAAUACAGGGAACCUCGACUUUUAGUUGGCACCAGAUUGCGGUUAACUGCAAUCUUUCAGGAUUGUACUCAUAUUUACUUGAUCACAUCCAGUCAUGGUGAAGCAAAAAUGAGUUUGUGGGAAAAAAAUGUGCAUUGUACUUUGUAAUGCUGUAAUCUGUUAGCUGUAUUGAGUCUGACAUACCCAAAAGAUGAAAUCAGAUUGAAUAUAACUUUGAAGAUCAAUAUAUAAUAGGUAUAGAGCUGGUUAGAGUAGAUUAUAUAGACUAAACAUAAUGAUCUUUGUUUUCACAUAAUCUAUUUUUCUGAAGAGCUUAUUGUGCACUUUGCUAUUUUAUAAUGUCCAAGUAAAAUGUUUCAUUAAA